AUUAAUGGAUCCUGCGACUGGCCAAUUGUGCUAAAUUUUCCCAAUGAAGUCUUGACUGCUGUAAAAUAAUCAGCCAAGAAGAAAUUGGAAAAGCCACCACAGCAGCAAGAUUUCCUCUUUACUCUCAGCGAAAUCAUCAUAUGGACAGAUACCAAAAAUAGUAAAAGGAGAGCCAUUGAUCAACCACGAGAAGCUAUGCAUUUUAAACUAGUUUUGGUUGCUAGUUUGUUUACGUCGUUCGUCUUCUUGCUCUGUCAUCACCAUUUUAUAGCUUUCAUGAGGAGUGCUAAUCCUCCAGCUGCUGCUGUACAUUACAUAAGUGAUGCUGCUAUUAACUGUGGCUUUAAUGGCAACUCAACCGCACUUGAUGGCCGUGAAUGGAUUGGAGAUGCCCCCUUAAAGUUCCUGUCUGGCAAAUCAAGAAUCUCAACUGCAGCUGAAAAACCAUUCCCAAUUGACCCUGUUCCGUACAAGACUUCAAGAGUCUCUGCAACUGAAUUCGGCUAUUCAUUUGAAGUCAGUCCAGGUCAGAAAUUCAUUCGCCUACAUCUUUACCCUGCCUCAUAUCGCGGUUUUGAAAAUUCUAUAGAUUCUUUCACUGUCAAAGCUGGCCCUUUUACCCUCCUCAGGGAUUUCAGUGCCUCAAUUACUGCUGAAACUUCAGGUGUCAAGUACCUUAUUAAGGAGUUCUGUCUGAAUGUAGAAGAAAAUACAAAAUUGAACAUAACUUUUUCUCCUUCUCUGAAUCUGAAUAGCAAGUCAAAAAGUACACAUGCUUUUGUAAAUGGCAUUGAGAUCAUUUCAAUGCCAGCUGGACUUUAUUACACCUCUGAUCGUGACUCAGGAGCCCCUAUAGUUGGUCAGAAAAAUCGAUACUUUAGUAUUGACAAUAGCACUGCGCUUGAAGUCAUACAGAGGUUGAACAUUGGAGGGAGCUCUGUGUCAUCGGCAGAAGAUUUUGGAAUGUUUCGAAGAUGGAAUGAGGACACUAAGUACCUGGUAGAAUCCGGAGCUCAUCCAGUCCAUCAUCCAGCACUUAGGAUUAAAUAUACUACAAACAUGCCAGCAUUUGUUGCCCCAGCAAAACUUUACCAGACCUCUUGGAAAGCAGCAGGAAACUUGAAAGUAGACCAGAUAUAUAACUUUACAUGGAAAAUACCCGUAGAAUUGGGCUUUGGAUACUUAAUAAGGCUUCACUUCUGUGAUCUUGAUGAUGAAAUGGCACAGCGUGAGUUAAGGGAAUUCAGUCUCCUUAUAAAUAAUCAGAUAGCAGAGACAAGGGCUGCUGUGAUUAGAUGGAGUGGCGGCCAUGGGGUUCCAGUAUACAGGGAUUACAUGGUCAAAAUGAAAGGUGACCAAGGUGGUAGCAGUUGUGAUCUCUUGAUUGCCCUACAAUCAGCUAAUGAAUUGGUUUUUGGACUCCUUAAUGGACUAGAGAUCUUCAAGUUGAGCAACCUCGACAACAGUCUAGCAAUUUCAAAUCCUACGACUCCAAUGACAGUUUCUACCCCUUCAGGCGUGAAGAUUAGAAACGUGUUUUUAUCUUUUGGCCAUAGCAAUGUUGUCAUGACUGGUAUGACACUCCUGGUUAUUUUAGUCAAUGUCCUAGUGUACUACCUGAGAAGAAUUUGGGAAGCAAAAUUUUGCCUGGAAAAUGACACAGUGGCAGCCACAACUGAGCGGGCUUGUCGUUGCUUCUCACUCGCUGAGAUAGUUUCGGCAACACAAAACUUUAGCGAUGCAUUUGUUAUUGGAAGGGGGGGAUUUGGCAAAGUGUAUAAAGCUUACAUCCCUGCCAUUCAAGAAAUUGUGGCCUUGAAAAGAUUGCACUGGAGCUCCCGACAAGGAGCUCACGAGUUUUGGACUGAAAUUGAAACACUUUCGAAGCUCCGGCACAUACAUCUUGUCUCUUUGAUCGGCUAUUGCAAUGAGAGCCAGGAGAUGAUCCUAGUUUAUGAGUAUAUCCCUCGUGGCACACUUGCUGAUAAUCUCUACAAAAUGAGCAGAAAGGGAAAUGAUAUUGCUCCUCUUGGUUGGGAGCAAAGGCUUAGAAUCUGCAUUGGUGCUGCUCGUGGGCUGGAAUACCUCCACAAUGGCACUGAAUAUGGAGUCAUACACCGCGAUGUGAAGGAUUCAAACAUUCUGUUGGACGAGAAUUUUGUGGCAAAGAUUUCCGAUUUCGGACUGUCCAAACUUGAAAGGUUAACCCAAUCGAAGAGCUAUGUUAGCACAAAAGUUAAAGGCACUCGUGGUUUUUGUGAUCCAGACUAUAUUGCAACUCAUAGAUUGACGAGAAAGAGUGACGUAUAUGCCUUUGCGGUUGUCUUGUUGGUAGUUUUGGCAGGGAGGCCUGCAGUGGACAAUGGAGCUCCAGAAGAGCAGCACAAUCUUGUAUCAUAUUUCCGUGAAUGUAUUGCAGAAGAAAACGUGGAUAGAAUUGUUGAUCCUAGUCUACAGGGGAAGUUCUCAUCAAACAGUUUAAAAGAAUUUGUGAAAUCUAUUGAAAACUGCUUGCACCACCAGCCCAAGAAAAGACCUACAAUGGCUCAAGUGGUGGCGAGUCUCGAGCAGGCAUUGCAGCAGCAGGAGAGCACUAUGAUUUCUGCUUCAAGCGCCAGAGUAGUUGGCCAGCCUUUCCAGGAAGGAACUCUCGAGUCACUGCAAGUACUUGAGGAGAGUGCCAAAUCUCCACCGACGGAAGGAAUCACAAGUACAUCAGCCGAACUUCUUGGCUCACCGACUAGAGGACAAGGCUAUCCUCCAGCCCGAAAAUUGUUAUGGGGCUGGCCAUGGAAAGCAUUGCUUAAUAGAGGGAAAAAGCAAAAGGGUGAAAUGUCAUCACUAGCUGAAGCGCUGCCGCUUGUUACAUCACUAGCUGAAGCGCUGCCGCUUUACAGUUACAAGGCACUGGCUAAUGCAACAGAUCAUUUUCAUUUAGGGAAUAUGAUAGGCGAAGCUUGUUUUGGCCGAGUCUACAAGGGAAUUCUACCAAAUGGUCAGGAGAUUGCAGUGAGAAGGAUUUCAAACCGUCAUAUAUUUGGAGAGUUUAAGAAUGAAGUUGCAGUUGCUUCUAAACUGCAACAUCCAAAUAUUGUUAGACUGCUCGGAUGCUGUGCUGAAAGAGAGGAAGAAAAAAUGCUAGUUUAUGAGUACAUGCCAAAUAAAAGCCUGGAGGCCUACUUAUUUGAUUCAAAAGAACAAGAUGUACUUGAUUGGAGUAGACGUGCAAUCAUCAUCCAAGGGAUUGGCAGAGCCCUCCUUUACCUUCAUGGGAGGGAUUCAGGACAGGGGAUUAUUCAUAGAGUUCUGAAUGCAAGUCACGUCCUCUUAGAUAAUGGGCUGAAUCCAAAAAUAUCAAAUUUAAGCAUAGGCGCAUUUCUAGGAAGCGACCUAGAUGAGUAUGUGACCAGUACGAUUAGAUGGACACUUGGAUAUAUGGCCCCAGAAUAUUUGCUGCGGGGAAAAUUUUCUGAAAAGACAGAUAUCUACAGCUAUGGAGUCUUGUUACUGGAGAUUGUAAGUGGAAAGAAAAAUUGGCAGCUUGUUGGCUGUGACUUAAUAGAAUGUGCCUGGAAGCUGUGGAAUGAAAAUAAACCAAAGAAUCUUGUUGAUCCAGCAUUGCUUGUUCUACCCACUGAAACGGAGAUAUUGAGAUGUGUACACGUUGGUUUAUUGUGUGUGCAAGACUCUCCAGAAGAUAGGCCGAAUGUCUCUACUGUUCUUUCAAUGCUUAAUGACGAUGAAAUUGCAGAGCUUCCUCGGCCUAAGGUUCCGUCUUAUAUUACAGCACGGGGCCUAUCAAGAAGCUCAUCUCUCCAGAAGACUACUAUUAUACCGAGUUCUGAUAAUGAUUUCAGUUUAACAGACAUCGAAGGAAGAUAGAGCCAUGAAUAAUAACCUUUCCUAAUUUCUGGUUUCCCAGUUGUCCAAAAAAAUCUAUCUAUGUUCACUACACGAAGUUGUGGGCAGAGUGAAACCUGAUAUAUAUUUUGCAGAUUGUGUACCCUCCUCCUAUUUAGCCAUCUAAUAAGAUACACAGGGUGGGUUCAUCAGACAUUUAUUUUCUUUGAAUACCAACCAGAUUAAGCAUUAUCCGAUCUAACCAAU